UGGGGUGUAGUGUUGGGGGUUGAGGUUUACUACAAAAAGGGCACUAUCACUAACACCAAUAUAUACACAAACAAGCAAGCAGUUAAUCAACUAACACAUACACACAUAUACAGAGAAAAGGAGUUAAAAUGGAGAUGGAGAAGAUGGAGAUGGAAAUGAAGCAAUCAAAGUUCAAGAAAAUCUGUGUGUUUUGUGGGAGUAGUCCUGGCAAGAAGAGUAGCUAUAAAGAGGCUGCAGUUGAGCUUGGGAAAGAACUGAUAUCAAGAAAUAUAGACCUAGUUUAUGGAGGUGGAAGUAUUGGUUUGAUGGGCUUGGUCUCACAAGCAGUUUACAAUGGUGGUCGUCAUGUCCUUGGUGUGAUUCCAAGGACUCUCAUGCCUAGAGAGAUAACUGGUGAAACGGUGGGAGAGGUAAAGGCAGUUGCAGAUAUGCACCAGAGGAAAGCUGAAAUGGCCAAACAUUCUGAUGCUUUUAUAGCUUUACCUGGUGGCUAUGGAACUUUAGAAGAGCUUCUUGAAGUUAUUGCUUGGGCUCAACUCGGAAUUCAUGACAAACCGGUAGGACUAUUGAAUGUGGAUGGUUACUACAAUUCCCUUUUGACAUUCAUUGACAAAGCAGUUGAGGAAGGUUUCAUCUGUCCUAAUGCACGCCAGAUUUUUGUAUCGGCUCCUACUGCCAAGGAGCUUAUGAAUAAACUCGAGCAGGAGUAUUCUCCCAGCCAUGAAAAUGCUGCUUCAAAACUUAAUUGGGCAAAAGAGCAGCUAGAGUAUAUUCCUCUAAGUGGUUAUAGUCCUCCAACAUGAAGUCAAGAAGACCAAUUUUAGGAAAAAUCAUCAGUUUAUAAAGUAAUUUAGACUGCAGAAACAAAUGCUCAAACAAUAUUUCUUUCUGUUUGAGAAUUGUCGAUUGACAUGAGAUCAUUCAGUGUAUCGAGAAUAGAAAUAGAGUCAUUUUCUUCUAUGCAAAUUGUGUUAGUACGUGCCUUUGGGCUAUGCUCGAAAUCUUGAUUUCGGACCUUUUAUUCUCUCGAGCAAACUUUAGUUUGGUCCAGUCGUUCUUGCAACUCUUAUAUACCAAUUCACUCUUCAUACAAA